ACUGGUGGCUGUUGGUGGCUUCCUCCUCAACUUGGUAAGGAAAAAGAGUAUUCGUGCUACUUUUCCUGCCGCGGCGCCGCGAGCCACGUGUGGGCCGGGAGUCGCGGCGCUAUAUACGGCUGCAUCAGGGCAUAGUCAUUUGUUUACUUGCACCUCAACAGUUCUCAUUUACAUGGAGUCUGUUUUUUCUGAGGCAUCGGGGUCUACAUUUGUUUUAUUGGUCACAGCACCUUUACGGUGGCACACAAGAAUGUAGGCACCACGAGUUCACCGCACAGCCGGCCUGGUUCGCCUGCUUGAGGCUGGAAACUAGUUUCUUCCCAGACAGCUUGACGCCGUCGGCUCCUCAGGGCCUGCCGUGCAUCAACUGACCAAAGCCUGAGUAUAAACACAACAGGUAGGUUGUUGUGAGGAAUGCGUCGUGCUGCAUCAUGACAAUGUUGCACCAAAGUUUUGGCGCCCAUCAUGAAGCUGUGAAUCUGUUUCCGCCUAAGGCAUGUGGGCGCGGCGGCGGUGGUGGUGGUGGUGGCUGGCGUGUGUGGCGGCGGGGGGCGAGCGUCUUGGGUUGGCGGGGGCAGUGGCAGAGGUCACCCCCCAUCCGCUGCUGGCUGGCCUGCAGGACGAGCCGGCCUCCCCGCGGCCCUCCCUCAGGUCCCAGCUGAGGGCGGCGGCCACCAACCCUGAGGGGAGCUCCGUGCUGCAGGUGGACAGUCAGCUGUGCACCAAUGACCUGGCUGACGGGGAGGCGCUGGACUACAAGAGAGCCCUCUGGUCGGCACGGCGGUUGGUGCUCCACGGACGGCCGCCGCCACCCCGCCACCUGCACCUCCUCCUCGAUGUCAUGAGGGACUCUGCCAUAGUCUACAUUCAAGGCGCCCCGGUGAAGCUAUACGACAUCACGGAGGGCAGGUGGGCUGAGGGGGGCGUGGUAGCCGUGGCGGUGGUGCAUCAAGCGACUGGCCGCCUCCUCUGCCGCUACCGCCACCCCGCGCAUGCCCACGCCCGGCCCCUGCUCGCCUUCCUCCGCGCCCUCCAAUCUGGCCGCCUCAUCCUCCUUGUGGGCCAGAGUCACAACGCCCCCGCCCCCAGCGUCAUCUCCCUCCUCGCAGACCUGGGCGUGGACGUAUCAUGGGAGCGAGGCAGCGGCGGGAGGCUGUGGGCGUGGCUGACCGUGGUGGGAGGAGGAGGCGGCGGCGGGGCGAUGAUGGGAGGGACGAGUGUUACCUUGCACCCAAAACGUCACCUGGCCUGGGAGAUACACCUGCCGAAAGACCCAGAGGCCCCGUGGUGUGAGGGUGUGGGGCCGCCGGCGUGGGUAGGGGCGGGCGACGGGCGGUGGACGGCGCGGGUGGAGCUGUGUAGCGCCCACGACGGAUACGGGGCCUGGUGCACCUGUCCCUCGCCCCCCUCACCGUCGCCGCCGCCGCCGCUACAGGUCGGAGUCUCCACGUGGGGCUCGAACGGCGUGGUCACGGUGGUCCUGGCAAGCCAUUCCGCCGCCCUGCACCGGCUAUUGGUGUCCCUGGCGGCGGCGGGUGCGGCGGCGGAGGACUUGCUGGUGUUUACUGCGCAGAGGGAGGCGCCGAAGGAGAUGAGGCUGGUGUGCCAGAGUCAUGGGGUGCACCUGGAACCCACUGGACGAGCCUCAGACUGCAUGGGUCUACACGUCACACGCCUGUACGAGUCUGCCCUCCGCGCCGCCCUCAUCCUCCGCCCUAAAGCCACGUUCAUUGUCACCCUCGAGGACGAUAUGGAGGUGUUCCCGUCCUUCUACAGGUGGAUGUCGAGGGGCCGAACCAUCCUCAAGGAGACACAGGAAUUUGUCUGUGUCAAUAGCCUGAACCCAAAGGACCCAUACAACCCACACGAGUACCCACCCCGGACCCUGAACCCUGAACCCUUACCCGAGCCUUGGGAGCCCACGACCACCACUACAGAGCCCUUGAGAACGCCCAGAACAGCCGAAGGGGACAGCAUGGAAGGCCGCCACAGGGACACGAGGACGCCCCAGGGGAAGGGUGGCGUGCCUGGAGGAGCGGUGGAGGUGGAGGAAGGUGGAUGGAGGCGAGGUGGAGGGGUCCUUGCCGGGUGGGGAGCGACGCGCUAUGUGGUGGAGGCUUUGCUCAGGUUUUGGCCAAUGGCGAAGCGAGACGUGGACUGGGAGGCCCUGGUGGCGGCGCUGGUCGGGUCGCGCCCCUGCCUCACGCCCGCCCGCCCCCACGCCCGCCACGCCCGAGCCUCUCACUUCUCCCUCGGGCCUGACCUCCCGCCCCUUGUCUGACCCCUGACCCCGCCCGCCACACCUUACAGCACGAGUAGAUAACAGAUAAUAAGUUAGUGAUUAAGUUACUAUAAACUGAAUAAAGAAAUUUCUGUUUUUUUUUCUUGAUUUCGUCUCACUUUUGGUAAUGUUUAAUAUUUGUGAUUGAUGACCUCGUUACCCGCCUUAGGAUAAUGUGACUAUUUGUUUUCCUGAUGGUCAUCGAUAAGCCCUUUUAUCUUAGAUUAUCAACAGCAGCAGCAGCAGCAGUAGUAGUAAUAGUAGUAGCAGUAGUAGUAGUAGUAGUAGUAGUAGUAGUAGUAGUAGAAGCAGCAGCAGCAGUAAAAGUAAUAUAAGUUCUAGAUGUUUUGUGCUGACUGCCCACCUAUUCCA